AUGAUUCUUAAUAUUGGAUGGCUAUUUAUAUGGGAUCGAGGAUACUUUGGUUGGUCAUUACUCGUCAUUUUCUUCAUAAAACUAGAUAUUUGGCUUGUACGAAUAUUAGUUCAUAAUGGUUUAGCUAUUUAUGGUACAUGGCUUUAUCUUGCAACAUUACUUAAUUUAACUAUUUGGAUUUCACAAAUAUAUAAUAAAAAUGCUCAAUCAAUAACUGAUGCAUCGACUGCAGCGCUUACUUUUGUACUUGUUGGAAUUAUAGUUUAUUUUGUUUGUGAAAAUUUUAUAUUUUAUUCUUCAAUGGCAUAUACAUUUGUACCAUGGUUNCCUCGUGAAAUUCUACAUCUAGUAGAUCAUGAACCAACCAAAACUAGCGAGGGCCCAAAAAUGACCCUUAUACGCCCCCAUCCUUUCGAUGAAUCUUUCUCAUAA